AUGAACCUGAUGGGCCUGCUGGUGGCAGACGACAUGAGUAAGCGUCUGGACUACAUUCGGUGUGUUGCGCCGGGCGAGGUCGCGUUCCGUGGCGGCGCCAAGCCCGAUGUCCUCCCCGAGGUGGGUGACAGAGAGCUAGAUGAGUGGUGUCGCAGAUUCAUUGAGGAUCCGGCGCCGGUCAAAAGUUUCGCACUCGAACGAGUUGUUGCCAAUCUAGACACGCUUUACAUUGAAGGUCAGAUCCGUAGUUUGAUCGCCUCGACUCAGUACAAAGGGCAGAUCAAUAUCUCGUUUCCCGUGACACAUGCCAAGGUCAAGGUCAAGAGUGCUGAGAAGCCGAGCAAGCUCUACAUGGGCAUGAAGAACCUUUUUACCAGCAAGCACAAGUACGAAGUGGUGCAGUCAGUGUGGCCCUUUGCGACGGCCAGGAACGGCGAGGAGGGCCGGAGGUGCAUGGUGCAGAGUGAAGAAGUGUGGUGGCGGGAGUGGAGAGACUCGAUCAAGUAUGCUAUGGCGCAGAAGAGGCAGAACGGGGCCUACGUGACGAGCGAGGACAAGUUGGAGGCACUCAUGGAGGGCAAGGGCAAGGGCGUAGCGUCCAUCGACUGGGGAGGGACUGGACCCGAGCUUGAGGAACACACCGGUUGA